GAGAUGGUACUUUGAUGCGGAGACAGCACAGAUCCGAAGCGAAUAUGAUCACCGGUGUUUGGAUGUGAAUAUGGGCGGCAGUGCUAAUGUUUACAUCCAUCCCUGCCAUGAUGGCGACAAUCAAAAGUUUGACCGCUUUGAGAGAUCUGGUUCUGCAUUCAACAAAGCUUUGCAGUUACAAUGCAGCGGAAGCCCAGAGGAGGAGAUCAAAGUGGAACCUAUCGGAGGCGAGAACAAGUUUCAUCUUAAGAGUGGCAAUCACCAGCUGCCUGGAGAGUGGCACUAUGAUAAUGCUAAGAAGCGAAUCAGAAAUUUGCAUUCGAACAAGUGCUUGAAAGCUCAUCACCCCCAUGCGGCACUGGAGGAGACAUGCAUGGAAAGUAUCGAGCAAGAGUGGAUUGUGGGUCACGGACUACAAGGUUUGGCAGAUGCUCCAAUAUCCUGCACGAGCAACCAGGUCCUUAGCUUCUUUGAGAAGGGGCAUGGUCACAUUCGAUACAAGUGCGUACACGUCGCAGCUUUGGGCAGCUGUGUACCAGGCUACUCUGCGCAAGUGGAGACAAAGGCCCCUGAAUUGGAGGAUGUCAAGGCCUUGAAAAGGAUGACAGCCACCUGCCCCACCGGUCACGGCUUGAGAGCGCUGGAAGCAGAAGCUUCGGAUAAGGGGGCAUGGAUUCGCCUACGUUAUGAAUGCUGUCAGAUCAAUCGCGUGCCUGUAUCCCUGUAUCCCUACAUUGGUGGCGACGGGCAGCGGGAGUUCAUGGUGGAUCUUGCAGAUGGAUGGGAAGGCAUAUAUUGUCCUAGCUCCCAAGACGACUCUGGCCGUAUGCAGUUCUCACAAAGCCGGAGCUUCAGACCACACCACAAUCCUUCAGGUUCGUUGCAGUACAACAAGUUCCAGGGCCAGUGGUGUGUCUCUGGCAAAGCUUGUGCAUCCUCUGACGUAGUGCAUCCACUUGAUGUGGCCUUGAGCACUCACGAGUGGCACGUCGUUCCUGUGAGUGACUUUGAUGCGGUGUUCGAAGCACGCGGAGUGAAACCUUUGGGUGGCAACCGCAAGCGCUCUCCACCUCCACUGAUAAAGUUUGGAUCCUCCGACCCUGAUUACUUGCCAGAGUGCAAAGACGAGUCUCAUCCAGGCGCUCGAAAGUUUAAGCUUGCAUUGAUGAAUAAAGAAGCGGAAGACUUGGAUGAUGAGAAUCCUUGCAAGUACGUCUUUGGCAAGCCUCCAAAGAAUCAGCAAAUGGACGAAUCUGAGGGCAUGACCGGGUGGAUAGACGACUUGUCGGGCACCACUGAACCUGGACAAGGUGGCGUGACCUACAAGAGUGUCAAGGAAUGUUCAGACCGGGAUAUCGUUCGAGAACUGAAAUUGGCCAAGUGGAACAAGGAGCACUGGGACGCUACCAAGUACAAUUGGAUUGUGGAAGAUAUCCUUGACGGAAUCGGCAAUUCAUUUGCGCUCGAAACAGCACCUAUGGGAUUCGGUGUUGAGUUGAAUCCUUUUGGCCUUGCUGCUGCAAUAGGUACAAUGGCAGUCCAUGGGGUCGAGUUCCAUUAUGAUCAGCAGAUUGCAGAUCGUGAGAUGCACUUUGAGCAAGCUGGACACGACGACUGUAAUCCCAUUCAGCACGGAUUUGCGCGAACCUUUUGUGACCUUCAUUGCAUCAGAGAUGCAGUGCGGAAAGGUGACGAUGCGAUCCUUCGGGCUCUGGAGGAAGCUGUGGAGAUCGUAGGAAAAAACACGCAGCUCCUCUUGGAGUACUACGUUGGCGAAGACGCAAAGCCGGGACUCAUUGAGAAUGGUCUCGAGAUCAAGCAUGGGAUUGCCAAAAGCAUGGGAGAGAUGUUUGCUAUGGCCAGAGAAGCUGCAUUGGAGCCGCGGGCAUCAGUGGCAGCCACUCGAGCAAUCAAUGUUUUCGCAAAGCGCUGGUCAGGCGCGAAUGUUAGCAAAAUUCCUCGAUUGGUUUCAGAGCUGCAAGAUCUUCAUGGGACUAUUGCCAAGCUCUCCAGCAGGAAACUUUCUCGUGGCAGAGAAGUGCAACGGUACGCUGUGCAAAUGGCAUCCCAGAUGAACAAGUACAUGCAGGCGCAAUCCCAUGUACUUGGAAUCUAUCAUCACGAAUCAAGUACAAGCAAACUUCUGCAGAGACGGCUGAACCGGUUCUGGAGGUCUUCAGUGAGUAGCUCCGCGCUUCUUCUGGAGGUGGAGGAAGAAACAGCCGAAGAGGAUAUCAAAGAAUUUGAUUCCAUGUGGUGGGAGAUUCGAAAGGAACUCGAUGGCUACCUACAGGCUUCUCAGGAACAUGUCCGUGCAACGCAAGCUGCAGCACAAAUGCUUCAGAACUACGCCGCAAAGUGCGCUGCAGGAUUUUCAGAGAUGAAACGAGCUUACAGCCUUUCGGUACGCGCGGAGACUCAUGCACAUAAAAUCCUAAAGCGUGCAUGGGCCGCUGUUUCUACAGGUGUUGCUGAGAUGGCCUCAAAGGUAGCAGAUGGGGUAAUUCUCGAUCAUUUGGCUGUGCACGACCUCCACUCUUUGAAUCCAAAGGCGAUGCUCUCAAAAAUGAACGGAACUGAGAUACAGGUGUUUUGUGACGGAUCUAUUGAUGCUGCGUUUACAGUGGUGCGGAAAGCAGCAGCGGAAGCUAUGAAGAAGGGUCUUUAUGGUCAGACUCACCGGCAGCUGAUGGUUCUUUUCGAGGAGUUAAAGAUGCUUCAAAGUCGAUUCCUUUCUGGAGGUCUUGGGCCAAUUCCUGAUGUUGACUUGGUGCAGGACGCACAGACCCGUCUUCAAAGUGCACUUUUGCAAAGUGCGUUUGGAAGCAGCAAGGUAGCUAAAGCCAUGGUGAAACAACUGAGAACGAAGUGUGACGUGUCAGAACGCGGUCCCAAGUCUUUGCUCGAUGAAAGCAGUCAAGCAAAGUAAGAGACCACCUUUACAGUACAGAUACCACAGCAGCCAAUUUCCAAAGUGGCUCGAGGAAAAGAUUUUCCGGCAUGAGGCAUGUCUGUGAUUGGUCCUUGACUCCUUGACCGAAAACAUGUUUAAAGUGCAUAUUUCAUUUUGUUUCAAUGUUGGUUGCUGUACAAACUUCGUCAAUGUCAUUGCUAAAUGGGGG